AUGGGCAUGUCUUAUCCAAACCAUUAUGAAACAAAAGUCAGCCAGGUAGGAGGCAAAGGAAAUGCAACUUGGGAAAUGAGCACCACCAAGAAGUACAGACAGUGUCAGGCAGCCACUCGGAUUGUCACCAGUCUCUGCCGGGAGAAGAGUCCACCCAAGCUGGAUUUGGACAUCUGCAAGGAGUUCCUCUCCUUUCCAGACCUGAGUGGCCCUGAGCCAGAGCUCUCCAUCAGCCUUCUUGCAGUGAUAGUUAUUGUAUGUGGACUGGCCCUGGUGGCAGUUUUUCUCUUUCUCUUUUGGAAGCUGUGUUUGGUGCCCUGGAGGAACAAGGCCAUUUCAACUAAUACCCCCGCCUCCCAGAAGGCAGCAGAACAGGACAAAGAAAACAUGGCUGACAAGCUAAAAGAUACAGGGACUCUUGGCUUCUUGGAAGCAGCUGUGAAAAUCAGUCACACGUCACCAGAUAUUCCAGCAGAGGUCCAGAUGUCCAUGAAAGACCAUCUUAUGAGACGCACACGCAUACAAAGGCAAACGACAGAGCCUGCAUCUUCUACCAGGCAUAUUUCUUUCAAGAGGCACCUGCCCAGGCAGAUGCAUGUUUCCAGUGUGGACUAUGGUUCUGAACUACCCCUUGCAGCAGAGCAGCCGACUUGCAUUGGGCGGAUCAAACCCGAGCUCUACAAACAGAAAUCUGUGGACUCUGAGGAUCCCAAGAAAGAGGCAGAAAAGACCUGUGGGAAAAUCAAUUUUACUUUGAAAUAUGAUUAUGAGAAUGAGACGCUGAUUGUGCAGAUCCUCAAGGCUUUUGACCUGCCUGCCAAGGACCUCUGUGGCAGUUCUGAUCCUUAUGUCAAGAUCUACCUCUUGCCAGACAGGAAACGCAAGUUCCAAACACGCGUACAUAGAAAAACUCUUAACCCCACCUUUGAUGAGUCCUUUCAGUUUCCUGUACCCUAUGAAGAGCUGACUGACCGGAAACUCCACCUUAGUGUCUUUGACUUUGACAGGUUUUCCCGGCAUGAUAUGAUUGGCGAAGUGAUCUUAGAGAACCUUUUUGAAGCUUCAGAUCUUUCUAGGGAGACCUCCAUCUGGAAGGAUAUUCAGUACGCCACAACUGAAAGUGUGGACCUGGGGGAGAUCAUGUUUUCCCUUUGUUAUCUGCCAACUGCAGGUCGCCUGACUUUAACAGUCAUUAAGUGCAGGAAUCUCAAAGCAAUGGAUAUAAACGGCUACUCAGAUCCUUAUGUCAAAGUAUCUUUGCUCUGUGAUGGGAGAAGGCUGAAAAAGAAGAAAACCACCAUAAAGAGAAACACACUUAAUCCUACCUAUAAUGAGGCAAUAAUCUUUGAUAUCCCUCCAGAAAACAUGGACCAAGUCAGCCUGCUUAUCUCUGUUAUGGAUUAUGAUCGAGUUGGCCAUAAUGAGAUUAUUGGAGUCUGCCGUGUGGCGAACAAUGCUGAAGGACUAGGCCGAGACCACUGGAAUGAAAUGCUGGCUUACCCACGCAAACCAAUUGCACACUGGCACCCACUUGUGGAGGUGAAGAAAUCCUAUAAGGAGUGGCAUGGCCGAGCAGCCAGCUUUGACAGUCAAGGUUCAUGCCCCUCUCCCAAACCACCUCCAACACCAUGAUAGAGCAACUGAUGGAUCCAGUAGAACACAACCAAAUUCUUUUUGUUUGGGUUCGAUAUUUUGCCACGUGUCCCGAAUUCUUGAGCAACUUAUUGCUGAAUGACAGAAGAAUUGAACAUCAGACGCUGAGAGUACUUGUUUCAACGAUGACAAAGGCAGCAGAACUGUUUUGUGGUCAUGUUUGUCGUAGUUAUUUGUGUCUCUCAAGGUGAUGUUCUGUGUGGUUUUCACUUUUUGGACAUAGCUGCCUGGAAAAAAGUGUUGGCAGAAUGAGACAGAGGCUGGCAUGCUCGCCUGUAAAAUAUCAUGUAAAAUAGCUCUGUGUACAUGUAUGGAGGACAAGAGGCAGAGAAAUGCUGAUAUUCUGCCGAUAAUUUUUCAGGGUUAAAAAGAGGAAUGAUGAUGGAAAGAAGAAAAUGAGACAGCCUUGGAUAGACUCCUUGUGACAUGUAAAGACCCUUUGUUAUUGUGAUAUUACAGAUUUUCUUCUCCAUACCGUAAUGUUCAUGGAGUCUGUGAAGUGUGUAUUCCAGCCUGCCCUUUGGUGUGUUUUAAAGAGUUGCUAAUUCCUCAGGGAAAAAAAAUAACCACGUUCUGUAUUUAUGUUCUCUAUAGAACCUUUUGCAUGAGCUCAGCUGCUUAAGGUCCUGCCCAAUCCUGCUGCAGUUCAAGAGCUGGCCACAGCUUUGUGAUUUAAAAAUCCCUCUCUCAGAAAAAAAAAAUGUCUUUUUAAAAUUACUACCCAUGUUACUUUUUUUCCUGGAGAGUAGUGAAAAUGUCUGUCUUUGUUGAAACAUUGUGAUUUCCUAGCUAUUUUCUUGAGCAGGACUUUUUUGAUUUAGUCUACCUUUUGCUUCAAAAAAAAUCUCAGUCAGGUGAAAUGAAAUUAACUUUUCCCUGAAGAAACUAAAACCAUAUAUAUUUUUUAAAAAUGCCAUGUUACAAAAAAUAUUGAUUACUGUUCCACGUUUUCAGACAAUGUUCUGAAAAGAAUUAUUUCCAACCAACUCAAAUCACAAGGUUGUCACACAGCAUCUAUCUUGGUUUGAUCUGGUGGGUGCUAAUAAUGGCAUGUCAGCACUACAGGGAAUCCUAUGCUGAUUCCAUUUGCAUCGCUUGCAUAACCUACAAAGUGUUUGCCUUUUGACAGUUAAUUCCUCUUGUGCUCUUGUAUCUAAAGCUCAUUUUUAUGAAGUGCUGUGUCCACCUACAACACCCUCUCAAGUUAUACAAGGUCACAGGAUGAUCUCUGGGAAUUUGGGUAUUAGGCUUGUUUUUAUUUCCUAAUCUUAGACUACCUUUCUAAAAAUUCUCCUCAGUUUCUCUCAGGAGACAUGCACUACUGUGCAUUCCCUCCAUAGCCAAAUAGCACGAUUGCAAUGAGCUCGUGCUGAAAACCUUAGCAAGUGCUUUGUUUCAGAAUGAAUAAUAAAAGCCACAUGAUACUAAAUCUACUUCACCUUGAGCCUGGCACAUACUUUACCUUUAAAGACAUGGGAACGUCUGUGACAUACUGUAACUGCUUCUGCCCAUUGUUAGUAUAUAUUGAAGAUCGCAAUCACAUGAGCAGGGGUGUGGAUGUGAUAGAAAGCUUUGAAGAGUCAUAUUUAUGGACUAUAAUUCCCACAGUUCCACAGUCAACAAGGUCCCAUGGUGGCUAGGGGAUUCCAACUGUUCUUGGAGUGGGGGGAACAACUUUCCUAAUCUCUGAGUUCCAUUCAUGCUAGCACUAUCAUACUCUGGGUAACAAAUAUAGCAUGGCUCAGCAUUGAGCUAGAACAACUAAAUGUGGACAAUGCUAGAGUUAAAUGAGCAUGUAUGGAUCUGCUGGAGCUACUGGACUUGUUAUUUCCAUAUGAAGCGAUUUCCUCCAACAAUUCUAAUAAACCAAAACUGCAGAUCCCAAAUAAAAGUACUGUACUGUAAUAGAUUUUUGCUAUUGGCUCUUCAUUCCACUACAUAAAUCUCUUCUUUAUCCUGGAGUCAAUACUCAAUUUUGGGAACAAUGAACACUAUUCAGGAAGAGCUGACCAAACUAGCAUAGACUGAAGUCAAUGGAACUGAAUUGUACUAGGAGUUUUCCAUCCUAUUGAUUUCAGUAGGAACUGAGGCGGUGCUUAGGUUUCUCAUAAUUUCCAAGCAUUGAUUAAAUGCCUAGAAAACAUAAAGACUUCCUUGCUAGAUCUGAUUCUUCAAAGACAAAAAGAUGCUGCUGAGGGGAUGAUAUCCAGCACAGAACUAGGAUUUAAUUUAUUGGGCUACAGCUCCCAGAAUCCUGAAAAGCUCCAUGCUGUGAUGCAGCAUCUAGUGGCUCUUGCACAAUAGUCCUUGUGUACAUUGUCAAUGCUAUGAGGCUUGCAAAUGCUGAUUAUUAUUUGAGUGGGUAGUGGCCAAAGUACAGGUACCAUCAAAGCAGGUAUUUUCUGAGCAAGAAAAGCAAACUAUGAUCAUUUCCAUGGUUACCCAUGAGUAUGCUGAAUUCCAUGGGUUUUAACUAUGAGAUAAACUACAACCAAUACCUUUGGCAAGCUUUUUGCCAAUAGGUUUGUUAUGCUUUUCAUCUCAUCUAUGUUGCUGCUGCUUCCAAUGAACAUUUAAAAAUAAUUCAAAUUUUGACUUGAAACAGUAUUACCUGGCAUGGCAGAAUUACCCUCAAGCUGCCACUGUAUAUUUAGGUUCAACCAUGUUAUUUGAGCCUUGAGCCCAAAAAUGAAACAGAAAAAGAAAAAUAACCUCAAAUUCAAUCUCAGUCUUUCACCACGUUCUGUGUGAAUGUUCUGAGUUCUCACACACUGAUCUAAAAACUUUCCAGACUUGUUCAUAAAACUUUGCAGGGAAAUUUUGUUCAGUGAGAGACCAAUUUGUUCUAUUCCUCACCACACCUUGUGUCUUAAUUUUCUCUGUAUGUGCCACAUGC